GUACAACUCUCUGAUAGGACGACGGCGGAGUUUUGCGGAGAGACUCCAGCACUACGGGAAGGCUCUGAUCCUCCUUCCCGCCUUCUCCUUCGGCUUCAACACGCCGCUGUCAAUGCGGGCGGCCUACACCAUGGAAGACUUCGCCAGUCCCACUCAGCCAGUCUUCACCAACCCGGACUACUUGCGCAACCUCUCCCGUUUCUGGAACAUCAGAGGCCUCAAGUCCCGCCGGCUCAGCACGGGCAUCAUGAUGGCCAGCUUGGCUCUGGAGAUGUGCUCCAACGUGCACCUGUACGGCUUCUGGCCCUUCAGCCACCACCCGCACGGACUCUACGCGCUGACCAAUCAUUACUACGAUGACAGGAAGGUCAACAUCAGGUUUCACACCAUGCCCGUGGAGUUUGACCUGCUGCUCAAACUGCACAGCCAGGGCGUGCUCAGGCUUCACCUCGGGGAUUGCCCAGCCAGUAAAAAGCCGUGACUUGUUUGCACUGGAGAAAG